AAUUAUCCGUCAGAAUGAAUCCUCACGUCUAAUACUCGUCGCGUUAUUUAAUACUAAUUUAAUUGAGAAGUGAUUCUAGAAAGUUUUGAGUGCUCUGGGAGCGUAACAACUCCCGUUCAAAAUGGACCCCAGUGAAUUUCCCGAUUCUGAUGAGGAAUAUGAUCUCAUACCAACUGAUGUAUACAAGGCUUCGAGGCCUCCAAAAGAACCCCCGCCACCCUCGGCGUUACCAAACGGACCGAGCACCCCCGCCCCCUCGGACCAACCGGACUUCCCGGACGACGACUUCCCAAUCGAGGACGAGCUCAACUCCCUCCAGGAGUCGGCCUUGGCCUCCCCAAGAGGGUCAGCCCCAAAGCCUCCCCCCGAGAAAGCGAAGAAACGAACCUUCGAGGAGCUGCGAAGAGACGUGGCAGAGCUCCUCAACAGUUGUCCCUCCACGUCGACCCUAGACCCAGCAGACCCAGAGCUGUUCGACCUCGGUCGGCAGGAUAAAAGGCCCCGUUGGAACCAGCCAAAAGAGGUGAUCGAGGCGAUUCACCAGGAGACCCUGAGGAACCGCCUGGUUCACGAGGGAAAGGUCCCCCAGGCCGUGAACAAGGCCUGGAGGUCGACCCCGAGGGAGACGAUAUCCUUGAAGAUCCCCUCCUGGAAUUUCGUGGCCCUGACGAGACCCGCGGACUCUCAAAGAAUUUACGUUCGACUUCGGCCGAAAAAUCCAUCGAAAAUCGUGGAGGUGACGCCGGCCGGAGGUCUCCUCAAUGUCAAUUACGAGAAAUUGAAGGAAGAGGCGGAGAAAAUCCUGGUUGAGAAGGUGCAGAGGGAGAGUCUCCCUCAGCCGGAGGGCCCAGAGACCUCCGCCUCGCUGGGCGAUGAACUCUGGGUCGACAAAUACCGUCCCAGGUCGUACAUGGAACUCCUGUCUGAUGAAGCUGUCAACAGUCGGUUCUUACACUGGAUCAAACUCUGGGACAAAGUCGUCUUCGGGCGGGAGCUGGUCAGGAAACGAGCGCCUGUGGAGAGACCUGGAUGGAAGAAGUUCGUGAAGAAGGAGGAGGUCGAGCUGGUGGACAAGAGGGGCUUCCCGGUGCACAAGAUUGCACUGUUGAGUGGCCCUCCGGGGUUGGGGAAGACCACUCUGGCUCAUCUGGUGGCGAGACAUGCGGGGUAUAACGUCGUGGAGAUCAAUGCCAGUGAUGAGAGGGGUCCAGAUGCUUUCAGGCAGGCGCUGUUGUCUUCAACUCAGAUGAGAUCUCUGAUAGGAGCAGACCCAAGGCCCAACUGUCUCGUCCUGGAUGAGAUUGAUGGGGCUCCAGCACCUUCGAUCGAACUUCUCCUCAAGUUCGUUCAAGGGAAGUUAACGGCCAAGGGGAAAAAGUCGAAGGAACUUUCUGCCAAGGAUAAUGAGUACUGCAAGAGGCCUAUUAUCGGCAUCUGUAACGAGGCCUACACCCCCGCCUUGAGGUCGCUGCGACAAAUGGCAUACAUAAUAAACGUCCCCAAGGUCUCCCCAGCGAACCUAGCAGGCCGUCUGGCCACAAUAGCCCGUCGUGAGCACCUGAAAAUCAAGGAAGGCACGUUAAUCCAGCUAGCAGAGAGAUCUGGUUGUGACAUUCGAGCCUGUCUGGGUGCCCUCCAGUACCUGGGCGCAGACUGUGGUAAGUCAAACCACAGCCUCGGCAACAAGGACAUGAAGAAGUCGAUCUUCGAGGCCUGGAGGGAGAUCCUGCAGGUCCCCAUGGACAGGGCUGGGCCCCUGACCCCGAGAGAACGAGCCCAGAGGAUUCUGCAGGUGUCCCACAGCGAGAACUCAGAGAGAUUGACUCAGGGGGUUUUCGAGAACUACCCCCCGAACUGUCACGAGAAGAUGAGCAAGGUAUCGAUAUCUUUGGAAUGGUUUCAACUGUACGACAGGAUCACGACAGUCGUCAACACGACGCAGGAUUGGACAGUGGCAGGGUACACUGGCUACUGCUUCGUCACUUGGCACUUCGGUUUUGCUGGUACAGUCAAUCCUAAAUUAACGUUCCCCCAUGUAGCUGGAGACGUCUGGCAGAAGACCACCAAAACAAUGGGGAUAUUGUCGGUGGCUAGGAAGUCUCGUGGGCAAGACACUGCAACAAUUGUCCUGGAUAUUGCACCUUUUCUGUUUGAAAUUCUCAAUCCAAAGCUGAGGUCGGUGGCUAGCAAUCUUUACUCUACCAAAGAGAAAGCUGACUUUGAGAGGCUGAUAGAUGUCAUGCUGGAUCUGGGGAUCUCCUUCGUGCAGGAGAAGAGCGAGGAAGGAGCUCUCGAUUAUAAGAUUGAACCUGAUCUCUAUGAGGCGGGGAUUUUCCCUGAUUGCAAGGCUCGGAGGCCGUUGUCGUAUGCUGUUAAGCAGAUUGUGGCGCACGAGCUGGAGGUUGAGAGGUUGAGGAGAGCCGCUGUUGCCUGGGGCGCCUCGAGUGAGCCUGAGGGGUCGAAGGAUGGUGAGGACGAGGUUUCAAAGCCGAAAGAGCCCAUACCGUCUGCCAGUGCCUUCAGGCCGAAUCAUCUGAGCGAGAUGGAGAUGGUUGUUACUCCUAAAGCGACGAAGUUCAGGAACUUUUUUGAGGGGUUUACGAAACCUUCGGUGAAUAAUGUUGUGGAGACUUCACCGAAGGGGGAUAAACCUGGGAAGCAGUACCGAAAUUUAAUUGCCAAGUAUGGGGUUUGGUAUAAAUAUACAGAGGGAUCCAGUAAUUCAAUUCGACGAAAUGUGUCUAUGGAAGAUAUUUUGUGAAAAACUUGAAAUAAUUUUUUUUUGCGGUGAUGACAAUGUAAUUACAUUAAUAAUUUAGUUCGAUAAUUAUUUUUUAUUAUUUGUACAGAUACUUUUGUGAAGGAAUGAUGGGGGAAUUGUAUAUUGAAUUGUAUAGUUUUUAGUUUUGAUAAUA